AUGAUAAAUCAACAGUUAAAGUAUAGCAAAAAGGAAGUGAGGAAUAAGGGGUUGGGUUUUGUAGCUAUACCCCCACCAUACAACCAUAACUAUUCCUCAAUUCCCAUGACUGAUGAGGAGAUAGCCGAUUUGCCUGAAAUGGAAUAUGGGAAGCCCGAGGAUAGGAAGGUUGAGUCUGUUAAGCCAAAGAAAGUUAAAAUCACAAGGCCAGAUAAAACUGAAAUUAUUCUAGAAAAACAGGCAUUUGAUAAAACUUUCGUGAAACCUGCUGAAGUUUCAAACCACACAGAGACUUUAAAUUUUGAGAAAAAUGCUGAUGUUGAUAAGCAUUUUCAAGUGUUAGAUAAUACUGAAUCAACAAUUUCUCAAAAACCAUCUGAAUUGCAAAAUAAAAGGGAAGAGUCUCAAAUUAAAUCGACCAAUCUUGAGUUUGCUAUGUUAAAUGAGUUUUUUGAAUGGUGUCGCAAACAAACUGAUUCAGCUGCUCCAUCUGAUUCGUCAUGUGACUCCUCAGAGACAGCUAACUGUGAAAAGUCAGAGUUAGUUGAUUCAGCUGAGUCUAGUAACGAGUCACCUGAAAUAGUUGAAUCAGAACCAACAAUAGUAGAAUCUGAGCCACCUGCUCCACCUGACUCCAAAUGUGAAUCACCUGAAGCAACUGAUUCUGAGAAAUUGAAAUCAGUUGAAUCUAGUGAAUCCAGCUGUGAGUCUUCUGAAGCAGCUAACUCAGCAGUAGAGGAUUCAGCAGAGCCACUACAAAAGGAAUAUGAGGUAAUAGUAGAGGAUUGGGUUGAGGAGGAUGACGUUGUGUGUCAAAAAGUUGACGAUGUUUUUUCUAAGAAAUCUAAUUUGUCUGCUGAUGCUUCUCCUUAUGUGAGAAAGGCUGUUUCUGAGCCAGCUUUGAGAGGCCCUUCAAAUAAAUAUGUUCCUCCAAAGCCAACAGUUAGAAAUGAAAAUGUUAAAUCCAAUGAAUGUGCUAACUGUUGUAAACAGGGACAUAAGAAGCAGAGGAGAAAGUUUGAACAGUUUGCAAACAAAUCAUCCAACAAAUCGUAUAACUCAUACUCAGCAUCGGUUGGAUGGAAUGGAUCGGGAUAUGCUCCUUACGUAAAGAAGCAGACCUGCUACAAUUGCGGCAUACCCGGUCACAUUGCUAGGAAUUGCACACAUCGUCCCUACGUGCCAUACUAUACAUAA